CUUCAGCGGCCUCUUUGUGUGGUGCCCUGGCAGGGGAGCGGAGGUGGCGGCCGCGGCUGCCCUGGUGGGGUUCCAGCGUCCUCGGCUCGCCCUCGGGCCGCCAGCGCGCCCCUUCCCUCCCCCUCCCGCCCCUCUCCCCGCCGGCAGCGGCGGCGGCGGCGACGACGGCGGCGGCCGGGCCCGGGCUCUGACGGCAGAGGCCUCGGCGACCGCUAACGGCGACGGCGACGCCGCGGAGCGCGCAGGGCGGGGGCAGGGCCCGGGUGGCCGACAUGGAGAACUCGCAGCUCUGUAAGCUCUUCAUCGGCGGCCUGAACGUGCAGACGAGCGAGUCGGGGCUGCGCGGCCACUUCGAGGCCUUCGGGACGCUGACGGACUGCGUGGUGGUGGUGAACCCCCAGACGAAGCGCUCCCGCUGCUUCGGCUUCGUCACCUACUCGAACGUGGAGGAGGCGGACGCCGCCAUGGCCGCGUCCCCGCACGCGGUGGACGGCAACACGGUGGAGCUGAAGCGCGCCGUGUCGCGGGAGGAUUCGGCGCGGCCCGGCGCGCACGCCAAGGUGAAGAAGCUGUUCGUGGGCGGCCUCAAGGGCGACGUGGCGGAGGGCGACCUGAUCGAGCACUUCUCGCAGUUCGGCGCCGUGGAGAAGGCCGAGAUCAUCGCCGACAAGCAGUCGGGCAAGAAGCGCGGCUUCGGCUUCGUCUACUUCCAGAGCCACGACGCGGCCGACAAGGCGGCGGUGGUCAAGUUCCACCCGAUCCAGGGCCACCGCGUGGAGGUGAAGAAGGCGGUGCCCAAGGAGGAUAUCCACGCGGGCGGCGGGGGCGCGCGGGCGGCGCGGGGCGGGCGCGGCGGCGGCCGGGGCCGCGGCGGCGGCGGCGGCGGCCGAGACCAGAACGGGCUGGCCAAGGGCGGCGGCGGCGGCUACAACAGCUACGGCGGUUACGGGGGCUACGGCGCCUACGGGGGCGGCGGCGGCGGCUCGUACGGCGGCAGCGACUACGGCAACGGCUUCGGUGGCUUCGGCAGCUACAGCCAGCACCAGUCCUCGUACGGGCCGAUGAAGGGCGGCGGCGGCGGCGGCAGCUGGGGCGGCCGCAGCAACAGUGGACCGUACAGAGGCGGCUACGGCGGCGGCGGCGGCUACGGCGGAGGCUCGUUCUAGAAGCCGGCUUGCGGAUGCCGGGCGGCGGCGGCGGCGCUUCUCCCCUCCGCGCCCGCCCCAGGUGCCCUCGGGGGAGCCGCUUACCCGGGGGGGACACCCCCCCUCUGCCUGCCUGUCUCCCCCUGAAGGUGGACUCGGCCCCACACACACAUUUUUGUGUUACAGUCAUUGAUGGACUCUAUUUUUUUAUUAUUACUUGGACCUUGGUCGUUUUUAUACUAGCAAAAAUGUCUUGUUUUAAUUUGUGUUUUUUU